AUGGAGACGUCCUCCGCGCUCACCAACGCCAGCUCUUUCCUUCCGUCACCAGCGGAUCUCCUCAUGGCUCUUCCUCGUCUAUUAUCCAAGGCCAGCUCUAUUGGGGAUAUGAUUCGUUCCGGUGGUAGCGUGAUAGCGGAGCCAACUCUCGCCAACCUCACCAAUAGUACUAUAACUUCUACCGCCGGACAGUUCGUACAGGAGUCUGUUGCGGCGGUAGCCUCGGCAGCAGGGUCUCGGGAUGAAAUUGGCAUGUUCCAAGCAUUCAAGAAUAUCGCCAGCUUCUUCAGCUAUAUCACCUCGAAGUGGGCCAUUGCGACGUUCGCCAUCGCUAUCCUCUUGAAUCGCACGCACUUCUAUGCGUCCAGCCGGGUACCCCUCUCAUUCGAUCGCCUGUACCUGCGUGUCGCCAUUUACAUCGCCCCACUGCUCCUGUUCUUAUUCCGGAUACAGAGCGUGCUUCAGGCUAUACGGUGCCAGACAUCACCAGGCUGGUCUGAGAUGCAAUAUGGAGCCCCUGGCAGACAACUGGAUACCGACUUCGGGGGAGACGGAGGCUAUAUGUGGCGCGCUGCAUCCGCUCUUUUGUUUUGGGAGACGACAGAGGACUCCUGCAGAGCUGCCAAUAUGUUUCCCGCAGACCCUGAGUCAACUCGCCCCACUGGAUCACUCGCCCUUCUAUGGCCUUUAUUUUUGUCCAUAGGCUUCGGUCAGUUUGUCGAGACAUUAUCGUGUGCACUGCAAGGCCGUCACCCAAUUCAGGAAGCUGGGAUGACCAUCUUCGAGCAUUCACUAGCCUUCGCCGAAGCCGAGGCAGUCGUUACUAGACCUUUAGUAGUAGACAGCACGCGAUUUUUCAAGCCCAAGUCCGUCUUCACACCAGACGGCACGUCGUUCCUGAUCCCUAGGUCGAGGCUCUCAAAGAUCGCCAAUGUACCGCCUGAGGUACUGCUAAUAUCUCUCAUUUCCAGCGUCAGUCAUUUUACGAGCAACAUUUUGGCCAUUGCAGGGGUUCGUUCGAGGUGCAGACUCAUCACAACUGCAAUCUGGGGACUCGCGUACAUGUUCACGUUUGCAUGGAGCUUUAGCCGCCUUACGUCGAUGAUCACAGAGCCAGAUCACCAUGUGGGGAUCUUGAGAUUCCCCACCGUCUGCAUUGUAGGCUUCAUUCCCCAUCUGUUGAUACUUCUGGGCAUUGCUGCUUGUGGACUCAUUUACCUUUUGGCUCUCUUCAUUACUGUGUUGUCUCCACCGCCAGGACGGUCGGAAUCCAUGACUCUAAAACAGAGGUUUGCGGCGGCUUACAAUAAUCUCCACGCUAACAUCCAUCUUUCCGCCAUUACACCCCUCACAAUCAAUUGGAACGAGGAUUUCUACACAGCUAUUCUCAAAGUGGGCUUCACAGUCCUGACUGCCGCUAGCGAAGCUGUGUUUCUUAACGAGGGCACUAAGAUCAACGUACACUCCAUGACUUGGCUAGAGAAGCAGAGGUUGCAGGACAUCCUCGCCCGACGGAGGCGCUUCCGGCAGAGUCUCACCAAUAUCCCCACGGAGCUGAGGGGCGACACACUAGCGACAGGUGUCGACAUCGUAGACAACGUCAAUGGCGAUGCUGCGGAUCCAGUCGGGGCAUCUGGUUAUGCGAACGAACGGAAGGCUCGGGGCUCAAACGUAGCCUCAGAUGCCACUAGACCCACGGGACGAAACGACCCAGCUGGACUUCAACAACGCAGAAAUCGCUUCUUCUUGACUUAUCAGUUCUUCAAGAGCAUCUCAAGACUAAUUGGGCUAAUUCACGCAAGACUGACCAUUGCCCUGUUAAGAAAGCUUCGGAUAACAUACCGACCUAGGUGGCUAAGGCGUCUUGCCGGUCCUCCACCAAGCAAAAAAGCUCAUACUUCAGAAUUAGGCGCAGAGAGGUCGCAGCAACGGGCGGCGGCAGUAGCAACUGAGCAUUGGUUGACGCUUGAUGACCGAACCCGCAUCCGUCCGGACAGCAACUUCGAUGUGGAGUCAUUCGCAAAGGAGAGACUCCGGCAAAGUGGAUUUUACGCCAGUCCAGACACGAAGGAUUCCGAAGACCGUCUUAACGACUACCUGUAUUCCUGGUGGCGCAAUGGCGGCCGAUGGGGCGACAUGGAUACUAGUAGCGACUACAUUCCCCCCCAAGAUGAUGACGAUACGACCAGCGUGGUGUCAUUCGCUACGACGACAGAUAACGAGGAAUGGUCGGAUGAUGAUGACGGGCAACGCACGCCAACUCGAGACACAUAUCAACGGAGUCGAGAAGCGACUCCCCCACUUGAUGAUGCUAUUGAUUUCUCUCGUCUCUCGCAACUGCUCGACCCAAAGACAAAGGAUGACCGUGAAGAAGCUAGGCUGUUGGCGCGUCACCUUCAGAGCUCGAACAUGAUGACACGCUCGCAAUACCGCCAAGUUCUAGAGCGAGACGAGGCCAAGGUUCUGACUAGCUCGCGCUAUAAAAUGGGCGACGCUGUCAAGAUGACAGCGGAAGAGGAAGAGCAACUUCUCGAGGAUCUGAUACUCAGUAAACGCACCUCGACGGCGCCACAAGGCUCAAGCGCGGCUGGCAGCUGGGACACGGGCGCAGAGGGCAUGGGUUCGGAAGGGCCACAGUGUGUGAAGACAUCGCCCGCGCAAGCCUCUUAUCCACCCUUUCUGACUGAGCACUGCUAUCAAGCUCGGUCGACUGUCCCCUCUACAAGACUCUCCAACCCUUUUAUGCAACCAGCGCCCACCAACGUACCCAAACACAUUUCCCCACUACCAAGCGCCCCCAACACCCAAGUAUCCUUCCAGCAUGGACAGCAUCGCGACGACAACCUACAGGCCUCUCUGCAGCCUCACUCUGGUGAGCUGCAGGGAGCGCCUGAACCGCCAACAGGCGGCAAUGGUCGUGACGCGACGCGCCCAGAUGGCGUCAUUGAAGACGACGACACGGUCGAAGUCGUUGGGCUGAAGGACACUUCUACUGCUACACCACCGCCGAGAAAUAGAAUCGCCGAGUAUGAGAGCGCGCUGGUAGGUUCACCACGGAGGCCUUCUGACGGUCCCCUCUUUGAGAUCAUCAAGAGUAAAAGGAGGCUCGACGAUAAGAACUCGCCCAUUGCGAAGCUGCCUAAUGAGGUCUUGAUCCACGCCAUUGCCCAUCUUUCGCCCAACGAUCUUGCCGCCGUCUCCCUCGUAUCUCGCCGCUUCAACGAUGUCGUCACCACUCCGCAUGCCUGGCAAGUUGCAUUCGCCCGCUACUUUCCAGGGCCACAAUCGCUCGAAGACGCAGUAUCCCGGUCAGCUUUGGAGAACAACGGCUCCGUUGUGCGGUCAGAGAAGAGAAGGUUUACCAGGCUCACCGCGUUGGCGUCAUGGCGAAGCGAGUACAUCUUGCGCACCCGGCUUCUUCGCUCUCUAGCUCGAGGCAAGCCUGUCCAGAUUUCUUCUACGCCUUCUCGUGCCGGCCAGUUGCAAACCGCCCCUCCAACGAUAACGUACGACGUCCGCACUUUCACCAUCAUCAACCACCUGCACGCUACUUUUGGUUCAGGCCUGAAUAAACGUAUGCCGCGCUUUGUUCAUGGUGCAGAUGACGUUGGGAUGGUCACCAGCAGCGACCCGAUGACUGGCAAAGUGGAUCCUUGGGGUCAGACGGAUCCAAACUUCUAUGGCCAGUUCUCAGAGCGCUUUCCGGGCGUUGCUGAGUGGGGCUUGGGGUCUGGAGAGGUUGUGGGGCGCCCGAAUGUCAUGGACGUGUCGCAACCGUACGGCAUGAUCUACGGUCAGGGCUGUCCGGAGGGCUCCUGCUACUACCGAUCCCCAGACGAGCUGCGCGGACGAUUCGUUGCUGAACCCACCGAUUUCACUAUGCCUGAGGCUGGAAUUCCGAAGCUAGGCGUUGAUGGCGGUGCUAUCUGCAGUGUUUGGAUUGCCAAAUCAAACACGAUUCCAUCACUCUCGCAAGGCCUAAUUGGCAUGAUGACGGGGUCCGCUGCUGGCAUCGUUACAGCAUGCAGCAUCGGCACUGACGGCCUCCGUGCUUCUCGUGUACAGCGUGGCGAGUUGACUGCACGUUGGGUUCUUAGCCCUGGCGUGCCCAUCAUCGCAAUUACUGUAGAUGAGAACUACUCUUCGAAACGUCAUGCACAGAACCGCAUUUGGGCCGUCGCUCUCAACGCCCUUGGUGAGCUCUUCUACCUCACCAAGUUUCCAACCCGCAGUCAGGCCUCGAAGGGCAGUAUCGAGGAGUACACCGAAUACCUAGCUUGGCUUACUGGCCGAAGCGCUUACUGGAACCUCGUUGAGCCCAGUAGACGCGCCGCGAGGCCUGAUCCGUAUGGCGACGCUGAAGUUGACGCCAGUUAUUCCCCUCGGACGUCAUGGGACGGCAUGUGCUUGACCCAAGAGCAGGUCAUUGCGGAAACCAAAGAGGUCCAGCAUUUCUUGCGCAAGCCACCGAAGUAUUUUCGAAAAUUUUGCCUUGGCUGGGACAUGCGCAGACGUCUCGAAGUCGAUUUCGCCGCCGAUGAUGGCAACUAUGCUGGCGAGGCUAUGCUUGUGUUUAAGUGUGGGCUUGACGAAGAUGUCGCUGACAUUACGCGCUAUACUAGAUGGAAGACGAACGAGAAGGAUAAGAGUACUACUACAUCCACUCGAAUCUCGACCCCACAGCCAUCUCAAACCGCUUCACUGUUUGGUGGCUCAGGAACAGGCACGCCGAAUCUAGCAAGAGCGCCUCCACGUGCUCGUAGCUCGUCCUAUACAUCUGCUGCAAGCUCUCCGGAGCGGACUUACCUGGUAGAGGAGUGGCGAUGCUCGAAACUCACUUUUGGUGGCUUCAAGGGCAUUCAGCUAGCCACAACUACAGUAGACAUAUCUACUUUCGCAACUCUCACAUUGUCCGAAGACCCUGCCCUAGGAUUCUCUACGACGUCAACCGCUUCCUCGCCCUAUGCGUCGCCACUGUCUGUCGCAAGUCAGCCAGCUUCUCCUUCUGAUAUCCCGGGCCAACGGGCACGCCUCGUAGCUGCUGGAACAAAGACAGGCGUGGUGAUCCUUUGGAACAUUCGAUCACCCGUCUCACGCUCAUCCGAAUAUACCAACAACAUUGACCCUGUCCGCAUCAUCUAUACGGAGUCACCCGAAAUCUCAUGCUUGGCUCUAACCGGCCUUCAUUUGGUGGUCGGUGGAAACGAUGGGCUGGUACAAGCUUGGGACCCGCUUGCAUCGACCUUGUCACCCAUCAGAACGCUGAAUUCACGUCACGCAUCGCGUGCGCGUCGACGUCUCGUGCAAGCUCAGGCUUCUGUUCAAGGCGUCGGUAUCAACAUGUUCGCUGCAGGUGCUAUUUGUCUGGACCCCGAUUCUACGGUCUUGCGAGGCGCUGUAUCGCUUGGAAAUCAGCUUCGAUAUUGGAGUUACAGCUCUUCUGCUGCCGACCAGUACAAGAGCAGCAAACGUAGACUUCGACGUUCUGAACGAGGAAGUAAUAAUGCCGUCGAACGCUUUUCUGGUACCGGCCGAGCGAAUCUGAAAGACUACAUCGCCAACGAAGCGUACGAAAUGGAGCGUGACAAGCAGGAACAGCGGAAGCUGGCCGAGCGCAUGGCUGGCCGCUUCGGUACCGAACUAUUGAGUGAUGAAGAAGCCUUGGCUUACGCAGCAAUGCUAUCUCAAGAAAGCAUGGAGGCGGAGGAGAAGCGCCGCCGCGAGAGCGAGAGCAGUGCUCUUAGCAGCGAGACCGUAACGCCAGAGCCCAGCGUUUUUGGUCACUCCUCGCCCACUCUUUUUGACGCCGAAGACCUUGACGCCGACAUCGCUGAAGCCAUCCGUCUCUCGCUCAAUGAUGAUCCCGCAUCUGGCAUGUACGAGCCGUUUUCGACGCCUCCUUCUGCAUUUGAUAUCCCCAUUAAGUACGCUAAGGGCAAGAAUUCUUCGCCAACGAGGUUUGAAAACAGCUCCUCAAGCAAGGGCAAAGUGGCUGCUAGAUCGAGUAACCAAAAUGAGCUUUCAGACUUGGAGUUUGCGAUGCAGUUGAGUCUUGCAGAGGAGGCGAGUAGGAAAGAAGCUGAAGAUGCCUUCCCGCCGCUGAGCCCUGCGCCUGGUGGUGGGAAUGGGAAGGGGAAGGGCAGGAUGUGGUAG